CUGAACACUCUUCCCCUUCUCAGCACUGCUUGGAGAUUUUAUUUCCGCAGCGCGAAGCGGGGAAUACGGCUCGGACUGUGUGUGUGAAGAGAGUGAGUGAGUGAGUGAGAACGAUAGAGGAUGGCUGAUGAUGGGGUUUCUCCUACGACAAACAGCUCUGGCGGUCGAGUGGCUCCGAUAAACGCUCGACCGCAGCUCACUAUUCCCACGGGCGCGACUUUCCUACGUGUGAUUCACGACUUUAGCGCUCGUUCUCCAGAUGAACUUACACUACGCAAGGGGGAGUAUGUAGAGCUGCUGGAAAAGGACGGUAGGAAUUGACGGCUCCUCCGCGUCUCUUGUACAUAAAACUCUUUCAGCGCUGACCAUUGCAACAAAGACGAAUUCGGUGACGGAUGGUAUAUGGUGAGUUUCAUCAUCGUUUAUUUCGUUUUAACCAUCCCCCCCCUUAAUGUUUGGUGUUUGGAAAGUAUUAUUAUUAUUACUUUGUUACUACAUGUUCUUCUGUAUCCUAUGCCUGUCGCCGCUGCUGCCAUGGCACUUGUUCCUCACCGUGCUUUUUCAUUCUGCUUCCCUUCAAACAGAAAGCAAAGGAGGAAGAGGGGAGGAAGAGGUGGGAAAGGAAAAGAUUAACGGAGGAGAGAGGGUGGGAAAAAAGCAAAGAAUAUAUAUUUCACUGUGGCUAGCACUGCGUGUACAUCUACAUGUAUGUGCGUUGCGCCGCUUCGGCACUGUGUUGGACAUUCUGUUGGCCUUUUCUUGUCCCUUCCCCCAUUGCAGAAGCGGCCAGCAGUGACAACACGCAUUUUCACAUUCUAUUCAUUCUCGCGGGCCGGGUCUUGAGUCUCAAGAGAGCAAUUCGCUAAUCCUAUGAGCCAUUACGCAGGGACGCUCUCUCACCGGCGCAGUUGGCCUUUUCCCCCAGGGUGAGUUUUCUUUUUUUCCUCUUCUUCCCAUUCUACAUACACCAACCCCCCGCCCCGCCCCCCACUGGCACUUCAUAUUUCUCUCUCUACAUGAUCGGACUUCCGCUCCUCUGCGCAGAAGAAAUUCACGAGGUUUUUGUGACAUGUCGUUUGGGCUUGGGGCAUAUUUACCUUUCAAGAAACAAUGGCUAAGCAGCAAUACCCCUUGGGUUCGAAAAGUCUACACAAGUCCAGAAGUCGUCAGCACCGUGAUUGAGUCGCCUGCGGUGUUUACGCCCUCAACACCUGCUCCCUUGCCCAAUAUGGGUACGCAACCUGCAACGACGGUGGACCCGCCCGUGACAGCGACUGCUCCCGUUGUUCCUCCAACCAAGACAGGAACCCCGGGACCGGAUCCAUCUCAAGCAUCGCCUGUCAAUUCUCAUAUAUCAUCCUCACAUUCAACAAUUGAGGAAACAGAUGAUCACGACCCUAUGCCACCACUUGCUGUUGAUAAGGUCUCAUCACCUACGGCAACACCCAAAAUUGCCUCUCCAAAUGCCAUGGCUCAGGUAAAGGGUGACAGAUCAAGCGCGAAUUAUCCACCGGGUAUGCGUAGUCUUGUGGUUGAGGAUACUCUAAGCGACAUCGAUGAAGCUAUAACCGAGAUUUCCAAUUCUAGAGAAAGUAGAACGAGCCGAGUGAUGAAAGAUCACAAUCGACGUCACAGCAGUGUGUCCACCACUCGGCCGUCAUUCACACCUCUAGAGCAAGUUGUUCAGGAUUCCUCCUCGGAAUAUUCAAAGCAUGAUAACGUGUCCGGUUCUGAAAUUGAGGAUGAUGACCUAGAAGGUGCUAAUUUACCGAAUAACGGUGAAGUGUUUUAUACAGAAGAACAGAUCAAGGCUUGGACGCCCGCGGAGGUUGCUAAAUACCUGGAAAGCCGCAAACUUCCCCUCGUUUCUUGUCAAAAGUUCGAGGAACAGGAGGUCAGCGGGUCAAUUUUAUUGCAACUGGAGAUGUCGCAUCUCAGGGAAUUAGAUCUUGGGAGUUUUGGAAAGAGGUUUGAGGUUUGGAAGGAGAUUGAGAACUUGGUGAAGAGGUCUAAGAGGUCGCCUCCAAAGACAAAACCGAGAAGCGGAAGUGAUGCACGGUUAUCCGCGGUGGGUAUAUCUCAGACAAGCCCUCGUCAAAGAAGCAGCACAAUUGGAGGGGGGCCGGUGCUACCGAUGAUUCCUAGUCAUCAUAACCGGCCAGUCUCAAAACAGCAUCAUAUCAAUACUCACGAAGCGAAUAUGCUAGACCCGAGAAAUCAUGGUUACGCGCCCCUCCAUACCCCAAUGACAGCAACCACCAUAGCUUCCAGCACGGGCGCCAGUACCCCGCCCGGUAUCUUCGAGGCACCCCGCUCACCGCCUGUUUCGCCUCGACGAUCGGAUACUGCCUCGCACCACCGUCGCACUGUUUCGGGGAGGCGACUUUCUGCGCACGAACUUUCACCAACAGCUUUAAACGUUGCUUUAUCGGCUUCAGCGGCAAUUCUUACGGCCGGGAUGGACGGGAGAGGGCACCAACGAAUUUCAUCUUUUGAUCGGAAUUGGUCGAGCUCUGCAUUGACUCAUAUUCAACCUUCUACGGGGGAAGAGACCGGGGAAUUUGGGCACAGGACAAGUGCAAGUGUUGGAACGGGGGAUACAGGUUUUACAGGUGAUAGUGGGUUCUCGGGAUCGCAACCCCAAACUCCAAAAGUGGCGGAGCAUAGCUACUUUUCUAGUGGAGAAUCAACCCCUAGAGAACGCAAGGUAUUGCAAAAGAAGAAUGGGGCUCAUGCUAGACAGUCUAGGAUCGGCAGUGCGGAAUCUCCCGGAAAGCCCUCACCCUUAUGCACAGCGGCCCAGGCCUAUCACAUUCGUGGCAACAGCAAGGAAAAACAAAAUAAACGGAAAAGUGCUUCCUUUAGUGGGCCUCCGGAGGGGUUUCCCUAUGUUUCGCCAGGUCUCUCCCCGUCCCUGUCAGGAAAGGUACCCCCCCGUUCGACAACAGAUGACCCUAUCAUUACGAACACGAAUGUUCCUACCCCUGUUGUUCCUACUCGUUCUGUAUCGGAAACCCUCAAGAAAGUGGAUUCCGGAUUGGGUUCCGGCGAUGGGUCUACCCCUUCGCUCACCGCAACCCUCGAGUCGGAUACGGUGUCGGGGCCCCCGGAGAGACCUCCAAAGGCAGACCGAACUCAAUCAGCUUCGGGCCGCCGUAUCCGUGGUGUUUCCUCCGGGACGGCACUUCGCCAGAAAUCGAAGAAGCACCACACAAGCGCGUGGGAGAAAGGACUACGUGAGAUUACGCCGCAGGAAGCUGCCGAAACAGCUGAUUUCAGUGGAUGGAUGAAGAAACGUGGCUCAAGUGGGCUUGGUGUUUGGAAACCUCGGUUUUUCGUGCUUCAGGGUCGGCGGUUGGCAUAUUUUUAUGCAGACACCGAUACGAAGGAGCGUGGAUUGAUUGACAUCACAUCCCACAGGGUCCUCUCGGCUACGGACGACAGACUUGUUAGCCUGCACGCUCAAUUUGCCGCCUCACCAACGUCACCGAAACCUCCGCCGCCAGAUAAGAAGGAAAAGGGCGCCGACAAAGAUAAGGGCAAAGAGAAGGAAGAGAAGGAGAGGGGCUGGUUCACAUUCAAACUUGUCCCCCCGGCUCCCGGUGCAUCCAAGGGUGUGACAUUUACGCCCCCAAGGCUACACUACUUCGCCACCGACACUAGAGAAGAAGGCAAGAAAUGGAUGGGUGCAAUAAUGAAAGCCACGAUUGAUCGUGACGAGUCAAAGCCCAUUGUCAGCAGUUACAACGCAAAGACUAUAUCCCUUGCCAAAGCCCGCCAACUCAAAUCCCGGCCACCAGAUUUGGCAAUAAGGGGUGAUGGUAGCGGCAUGGACUUCGGCCUCGAUCAUGAUAAUCGUCCCGAAAGUUCAACUUCUGGCCUUGCCAUCACGGGAAUAGAAUUCGGUGAUGGGGGCGAGGAGGCUGAUGUUGAGGAUGGCCGUGACGGGAGCGUGGAAACUGCGGGGAAUGGUGAGGCGGAGAGCAGCCAUGGCGGUGGAGAUGAGAGGGAGAGGGAGGAGAGUUUGAAGGAUGGGCCGGAGGGUGGCAAGGCUGAAGUGCCUGUGGAGGCGGAGGCGGAGGAGAGGGAACGGAAGGAACUGUUGAGUUUGGUGGGGGACAUUGGGAUUAUUACUUAGUAGAGUAUAGUUUAUGGGUAGGAAGGGAGGGAGGAUGGGAGGGAUAUUCUGUGCAUCCUUUACAGCGUCUUUGUUGUGUCAUUUCCUCUCUGUUUUGCCCCCUGUGCCCUCUUACUUUCUGUCGAUACCAACUACUCUGGUUUACGCUAUCACACCUUGAGCAUAAUUAUUUAUUUUCUUCUAUUCGCCUCUUAGGUUCUCACUAUUAUUCUUUAAUUACCCUCUUCUUCCCUAUCUUUUUUUUCCUUUCUAUUACCUUUCCCCUUCAUAUGUCUAUUCUCGGAACACAUACAAUGUAGGCAUUCAACCCU